UGGAGCAGCUAAGGGGCGGGGCGGGGAACUUUGAGGGCUUGUCGAUGCUAUCGUCAGUGCUGUAAUAGAAAUCCAGUACUUUCACCUUCAGCUGUUGAUUUCCUGAAAAAAGAAAACAAACAAAAAAAUGCGAGAACCUGAAGAUGAGGAUGGGUGAGUAAAAGACUAAAACUGAAAAGGAAAAAUUCUAAAUUGUUAUUUUCUACAGUUGCAUGUACAGAGAGCGCGAGAACUGCUGUUGUUCCUCAGAGAUUAUGUUCGUUAAUAAAAUUUUGAAAUAUUACAACUAUGGCUCUUUGGUGUUUGAUUUCCCGAUGUGUCUUACGUGUGAUAAUGCUAAAGUAACUGGUGGAGUCGGAUUUUUCACGGCCUACGUGUUUGAAAUACCUGCUCGGACAUAACUGCCAACUUUAGCUGUUGGUGUCAUCUAAUAGGCUCAGAGAGCUUCAACGGAGUCACGACAUUUGUAAUUUCCCCUCAUGUCCAAGACACGUGUCUGAAAUCAUCUGCAAAUGGUAAACUGGUUGAACAUAUUUAAUCAAUUCAAGUGUGUUGUCCUUUUUGGAGCCAUGACACUGGAAAAGUUUCAAGGUUCCACUGUAGUCUUUACGUAAUUGUAUCUAGUCAUUCAACUUCCUUAUCACAAGACUGGAGAAACCUGCAACUAUGGCAGCUUCAUAUACAGUAUAUGUUUAUUAUAUUACACCAUUGAUUACUGGAUGGUUGAAAGUCAAUUUUAGUCUGUUUGCUUCCUGCAGCACAGGUGUUUCCAAAGUGCGGCUGCGGCACAUUCUAAAAAUACAAUUGAACAAGAAAAUGUGUAAAAAAAAAAAUGUUAAAAAUGUUUUUAAGCGCAAAUCAGCAGUACUUGUACAAGAAGAAGGUUAAAAUUUUAAGAUAAUUUUAAAAAUAUAUUUUACGAGAACAGCAUAAUAUGAGGAAAAAUGACAUUUUAGUAGCAUAAAGUUGAAAUAUGAAAGAAAAAAAGACUUAUUUUAAAAAGGUUUUAUAUUGUGGCCUUUUAUUGUGGGCAGUCCAAGGCACACCUGUGCACUAAUGAUGGUGUCCAAUCAGCAUCUUGAUAUGGCACACCUGUGAGGUGGGAUGGAUUAUCUCAGCAAAGGAGAAGUGCUCACUAUCACACAUUUAGACAGAUUUGUCAACAAUAUUUGAGAGAAAUGGUGAUAUUGUGUAUGUGGAAAACAUUUUAGAUCUUUGAGUUCAUCUCAUGAAAAAUGGGAGCAAAAACAAAAGUGUUGCGUUUAUAUUUUUGUUGAGUGUAUUUUGACUUUUUUCCCGUCAUGAGUUUCUCCUCCACCUAAUUUUCCAAAAAUUACGUUAUUUUGUUUUGUUGCUAGCGACAUCACGAAGGAGAUUGAUUAAUGGUCUCCAGCCAAUCAGGAUGCAGAACACGAUGGGCAGGCUCUCCUUUAGCCAAUAAGGACUGCUGUGGCUCUGUAUUUACCUCACACACGCUCAUACAGGCACAUAAACACACUGAGACUAUGUAUGUAAUGUUUGUUUUUGAUAUCGUGCUUAAAAAAAUAUCAAUAUUUAAAAAAUAGCAAUAUAUCGCCCAGCCCUACUGUAGGAGUGCUAUUUCAUGUCUGGAGGGCUCUAAUAAUGUUAAAAAAAAAACAUUUAGAAGGUCGCAAACAGGUUUUCUACGCUCUAAGUACGAAAACAUUCCAUUCCUAACUAAGGAAUCCUACGUAUGGAACCUGGGAAUUAACUACCACGAGGGACUACUAUAUAUUUUUACCUUGCUUUCAUUUAUAUUUAAAAUAUAUGCGUGGCCUAUGAGCUGCAUUGCGGGAUGACUACAGGUCAGGAUACUUCCAGCUCAUGUUGUUGUGAUGAGCCAGCUUUGUCAGCAUACGUAAACUAAAGUAUUUAUAUUGAGUCAGGCCCACAAAGUCGCUGAUUCAUCCAAAUACAGAGUUAAAUAUAAAGUUGUAUUACCACUCGGGCGAGCACGAGGUCAAGCCCCAACUCGUGACGUCUUCGCCCUCCUCUUCCUUCCGGCGCUCUUCACCUGCACUAUGCAAGUGUCUGGCGGGCGGCGUGUGCGCGCUCAAUGCUCCCCACUGUGGUCAGUCAGUCCUUCUUCCAAUGGAGUACGACGCCAAGGUGUUCCCGUACACGGGCGGGUAUGGACGCUACAACCGAAUCGUGGUCAUGUUCAGCUGGUUCCCCAGCUUCGCUGUCAUGAUGAACCUGUUCAGCGACGUCUUUUACACCGUCAUCCCGGACGCGUACUACUGCAAACCGGACCCGCAGCUUCUUCCUUCCACCUUCCUCCUCAGUAACUUCUCUAAGUCCGGUUACCUGAACCUGACGAUCCCCUGGGUCAACGGUACCGGUCUGAGCCAUUGUGAACUCUACAAGUACCCGCCAAACUCCUCGGACUUCUCCGAAAGUAUACCCCGGGAGAGGGUGAGCUGUACCCGGGGGUGGGAGUACGCGCAUGUGUCUGGGCUCCGGAGCAACUUUGUAACGGAGUGGAACCUGGUUUGCAAUGACUACUGGAAAAUUCCCCUUCAGCAUAUCUGCUUCAUGACAGGAUGGAUCCUGGGAUACAUCUUCAUCGGCUCUUUGUGCGACUGGUUAGGUCGUCGACAGGGUUUUCUCCUGUCCAUCAGUCUGUCCAGCCUGUUUGGAGUCGCCGUGUGUUUGUCCAAUAGUGCUGUGGUGUUUCUGCUGCUCCGUCUCUCUCAGGGCGCCAUGCUAGCUGGAGUCUUCUUAUCCUCCUACAUUGCUAGGUUGGAGCUAUGCGACCCUCCCCGUCGUCUCAUGGUUGCCAUGGUCAGCGGCUUCUUCGCCAUCUUUGCAGAGCUGCUGUUGCCAGGCGUCGCAGUUCUGUGUCACGAUUGGCCAGUUCUCCAGGCUGUUACCACGUUACCUCUGCUCCUACUCGUUUCCUAUUGGUGUUGUGCCUCAGUUUUUCCUGAAUCCCCUCGUUGGCUGCUGGCCACAACUCAGAUUCCUCAAGCAAAGAGGAGCCUCCAGGAAUUCUCCACCAGGAAUGGGGUGUGUUUGCCGGAUGAGCUGUUCCCUGGUGAAACUCUGUUGUCAGAGGUGGAAUCGGUAUUCGAAGACGAGUGCCAGCCCAGGUAUUAUUCCAUUUUGGUGCUGCGUCGGACUCAUGUUAUCUGGAAGAACUGCCUCAUCCUCAGCUUCACUCUCUUAAUUGGAACAGGCAUCCAGUACUGCUUCACCAGAAACCUGCACAUGUAUUCCACCAACUUCUACUUCAGCUACUUUGUCAGAGUCGCCACAGGAGCACUGGCCUGCAUUUUCAUCUGCUUCACCGUCAGUCAUUUUGGUCGGCGUGGUAUGCUUCUUCUUUCCGCCAUCAUCACUGGACUGUCAUCACUGCUGCUGCUGGCCCUCACUCAGUACCUGCAAGGAGGCCUGGUGUUGGUGCUCUCUAUCUUGGGUCUGCUGUUUUCUCAGGCUCUGGCUAUGCUGAGUGUCUUCUUCGCCUGCGAGUUGAUGCCCACUGUCGUGCGAGGUGGAUGCCUCGGCCUGGUGUUGGCGGCAGGCUGUGUCGGCAUGGCCGCCUCUUCCCUGAUGGAGCUACAGAACAACGGCGGCUACUUCCUCCAUCACGUGAUCUUCGCCUCUUUCGCCGUCCUCUCCGUGCUCAGCAUCAUGCUCCUGCCAGAGAGCAAGCGCAAGCCCCUCCCUGACUCGCUAAAAGAGGGCGAGAGCCAGCGUCGGCCGCCGCUCUUCCUGUCUCAGCCUGACAGGGUCAGCCUGCCAUUACUGUGCCAACGACCCCCGCUGUCGGAGUACAACCCGGACAACUACUCCCGCCUGGUCAGUGCCACCAGGAGAAUGUUGAGUAAAGACAGUUUGCCUUACAGGAUAGCGGCGCCAACUCAUCAUUUGCUGUCUGACAGUGAAGUACAAAGACAGGAGAGGGAAGCAUCUUAAGACAUUUGUGCUGUGUAACUCUUGAAGUUAUUUUCUUGUGUAUACAAAAACAUCAACAGCCCCACUCACUUAUUCUAUGAAGUCAUCCAAAUAAUCCAUUUGACUUUGUAGACUGUAGUGUGACAAGAUGUGUGUGCCAGUAGCUGAUGAGCACAUAACCAUGUAAGUGCUGUUGGUCAUGUGAGCUGCAGCACUUUGUCCAUUUAUGUUUGGAACUCAUGCUCUUUUCAUUAAGUCUGACAGUGUGACUCACGAGUGUUUCCAUCACAGCCAACACUCUUGUUUCCCAAAAGCACCUGAAGGACAGCUAACACACUUACAAUGGGCCUCAAGAAAUAGUUGUGCAAAAUGUUCCCAGUUCAAAUGGCUGCUGUGGGUUGUUAUAUUUGUAGGAAACACUAGAGGACGCCAAAUAUGCACACGUGUUGACAAGGACAUUUACCUGAUGUGCUAUUUUAAUGAUAUAUUUAUACACUCAUACAAUGACCUUGUUUUUUGACAGUACUUCAAAUGCAGGGGUUCUCAAAUAGUCUCAACCUGGAUCUUUUUUAUUUAAGUCAAACAAAGUAAAUGUAUUUUUUUAAUCGACCAGUCAUCUUCUUAUACAUAGACUCUGUACACAAAACUUCAAAGUGCAUUUUAGAGGAAUUUAUUAAGGCAUUUUAUUAAAGAAAUGAAGAACAUAACUAUGUGCAUUAUCUCGAAAUUGCAGUAAAUAAGACGUCAAAGGCAGAUACUGUAUUUCAAUUAGAACUGUGCAAUGAUUUUAUACCAAGGAGGAAGAUGACUAAAAUAGUGCUCAAUUUUACUUUAGAAAAAAGGUAGACAUCGGUUACAUAUUACGUAUUUUAACUUAGUUUUGUCUGGUGUAAGAAAAAAGUUAAUAUGUUUUCGUUUGACAUUUAGUGACUUUUUGAUCCCCUCUUUGAAGUGGACGUUCUACAAGAUUUUGAGUGCGUCUGGUAGUUUUUUUUUUUUUUUUAGAAUUUGUAAGGUCACUGAUGUUCAAGGUGGAAGCCAUAAACGUCUAAAAAGUGUCGGCAACUUGAUUCAAAACUAGUUGUAUUACAUUUUU